AUGCGCAUCGCGCGCAAAUUCCUCACUCCUCUCGGUCGUGCAGCGCGAUUCAACGUCCAUGCGCUAUGGCCGGCCAUUCCCUAUCGCACCGCUCCUCUCAAGCCGACCAUUCGAGCCCUUCACACGAGCGUUGCUGCCAAGUCCCUACCGCCUGCUGCAACCAUCGCAGUUGCGUCGAUUGCCGGCCGUGUGAUUGCCGGCCGCCGGUGCGUGCAGCUGAACCCGGAGAUUAACGCCGUCUGCCACCUCGCACGCGCGACUCCACCACCACCGCCGCUGCUACCUGCGACGCCUGUAGCUGUAGGAGUAAAUUCAGGAGCAGCGUCAGGCGAUAGCGCGUCAGGCGAUAGCGCGUCAGGAGCUGGAGCGUCAGCUGAAAGUGGUGAUGCUGCUGCUUCCGUCGAGCGGCCUCUAGAGGGUGUCCCAUUCCUCGUCAAAGACCUGGUGCACGUGGCAGGUAUGCCCACAGCGUGUGGCGACGAGCGUCUAGCAGCCCAGCCUGCCCCUCCCACCUCUGCCUCCGCUGUCUCUCUCCUGCAAUCACUCGGUGCCGUGCCCAUCGGCAAGACCAACGUGCCGCAUCUAUCCAUGGACUUUCAGACGUUCAACAGCCUGUUCGGUGUCACCAGCAACCCCAUCAACCGCUCCCUCACACCAGGGGGAAGCUCAGGAGGUGACUCUUCUCUAGACUUCAAAGCUCUAGAUAAAGCAUCCAAGGCGUUCAUCUUUGCAGCGCAUCGCCACGCUCCACGGCCUCAGGACAUCACAUCAGCUCACAUGCAAGGGAGCAAGCGCAGCGCUAGGAAGAGCAGCUAUGAUGGCAUGGAAGGGGAGGAGGCGACAAAGCAGCGGGAGGAGGCGACAAAGCAGCAGUGGGAAGCUGAAGUGGCAGAGGCACGGAGGACACAGGAGCAGCAGCAAGCAGUGGUGGAUUCGUUCAUGUCAGAGAACCAACUAGCUGCUUGGAUUCUACCAGUCGCCUCUCAUGCCCCUUGGCUGGGUGGAUGGGCUCCCAUGCGGCAUGCAGGUGGUGGGGCACUUGGGCCAAGACAUCCCCCUGCUGCUCCUCUGCUGCCGCAUUGA